CUGAAGUGAAGGGAGUGGAGUGGUUGGAGUGUGGGUCGGUGCUUGGGACUUUUAGGUGAUCUUACGAAGUCUCUCUUCACGGGACAGGAGGCUGAUUUCAGAUUCGAUAACCCCGAGAGUGCUGUGAAUAAGUGCCCCGUGUGGACUUGCCUUUGCGCACUAACCAUGGUCCCGACAUUACGGUAACAACUUGGAAAUGAGACAGCAGCACAGGACAAGCUCCAGGUUAUGGAAACUGUGAGUAAGUGAAGACGUGUUUCACCUGAGCAUGGAAGGCUGGGGCAUCUUUGACGUUUCUCCCCUUGAGUAAAACUGUAUUAACUGUGGUGCGGUGAAGAGAGGAGCAGAGAGGAUGUCCAUUCCCGGCACACCCACGAGCAAUGACGCGUGCCUGAGCAUCGUGCACAGUCUCAUGUGCCACAGACAGGGCGGCGAGAGCGAGACUUUUGCUAAACGCGCCAUAGAGAGUCUGGUGAAGAAGCUGAAGGAGAAGAAGGACGAGCUGGAUUCACUGAUCACGGCGAUAACCACCAACGGAGCACAUCCCAGCAAAUGUGUGACCAUUCAGAGGACUCUAGACGGACGCCUGCAGGUGGCGGGUCGUAAAGGUUUCCCUCAUGUGAUUUACGCGCGGCUGUGGCGAUGGCCCGACCUGCACAAAAACGAGCUGAAACACGUGAAAUACUGUCAGUUUGCCUUCGACCUGAAGUGUGACAACGUGUGUGUGAACCCGUAUCACUACGAGAGGGUGGUGUCUCCAGGGAUCGACUUGUCGUCUCUCACCAUCGGACACGCCGUUGGCUCUGGUCCUGGCUCCGCUCGGAUUGUAAAAGACGAGUAUGAUUUUGACGGUCCUCAGAGUCACCCCUCCAUCGAGUCAGGACACGGUCUGCAGACCAUCCAGCACCCGCCCUCCUCCUCCAGAGCGCCCCCGCCCGAGCCCUUCUCCAGCCCCAGCCUCCUCACUCCCUCUGAGGCGUCCACAUCCACUGCUGCUCCCGCUUUCCCUGCCAUCGCUGCUGCUUCUGGAGGAGCUGGUUCCUCUUGGCCUCGUAGCUCCAGCUUCCCUCCAAACAUCCCGCAUCAUUCAAACGGACAUCUGCAGCACCACCCUCCAGUGCCUCACCCAGGACACUACUGGCCAGUACAUAAUGAACUCGCCUUUCAGCCUCCGAUCUCCAACCAUCCAGCCCCUGAUUACUGGUGCUCCAUCGCGUACUUUGAGAUGGACGUCCAGGUCGGAGAGACGUUCAAAGUGCCCUCCUCGUGUCAUAUCGUGACCGUGGACGGGUACGUGGAUCCUUCUGGAGGAGACCGCUUCUGUUUAGGGCAGCUCAGCAACGUCCACCGCACCGAGGCCAUAGAGAGAGCACGGCUGCACAUCGGUAAAGGGGUGCAGCUGGAGUGUAAGGGCGAGGGGGACGUGUGGGUGCGAUGUCUCAGUGAUCACGCCGUGUUUGUGCAGAGUUAUUACCUCGACAGAGAAGCAGGAAGAGCCCCGGGAGACGCAGUGCACAAGAUCUACCCCAGCGCAUACAUAAAGGUGUUUGACCUGCGUCAGUGCCACAGACAGAUGCAGCAGCAGGCGGCCACAGCUCAGGCGGCUGCAGCAGCUCAGGCGGCUGCUGUGGCCGGAAACAUCCCAGGACCAGGGUCUGUGGGAGGCAUCGCACCAGCUAUAAGUCUGUCUGCAGCGGCCGGUAUCGGCGUGGACGACCUGCGCAGACUGUGUAUUCUCAGGAUGAGUUUUGUGAAAGGCUGGGGACCGGACUAUCCUCGCCAGAGCAUCAAAGAGACGCCAUGCUGGAUCGAGAUUCACCUCCACCGAGCGCUGCAGCUGCUCGACGAGGUCCUGCACACUAUGCCCAUCGCAGACCCACAGCCUUUAGACUGAGCAGGGCCUCAGGCUGGAAAACGUUAAACCAGUGACUGCUGUUGGGGUUUACACUGCUGGAACUGUUUUCUAAAUGGGUUAAAAUGAUUUGAAUUCAGAAUAUUGAUCUUGUUUUGAGCAUUUUAUCGUUCCAGAUACGUUUUCAAACUUUAUACCAAGUACCAUGAGGGCUGAGCGAUUUGGAAAAAAACAUUUAACGAUCAGGUUUGUGAUUUUGUGAGUUUUAAUAAUAAGAUUUUGUUUGAAGUUUACAUUUUAAAUACAGAAACACAAAAUAAAAACCAUGCAAUGUGAACUAACAAACUAAAACCAGACUCACAUUGCAGAAUACAGCUGCUCGAUUAUGGAAAAAAAUCAUUAUCACGAUUAUUUUGGUCAAUACCGAAAUCACGAUUAUUCAAAUGAUCAUUUCUCAAAAAUAGUUGUUGAUAAUUUAUCCAAAACUUUCAAAUUGAGAAUAACUAUAGACUACAAAUAUGAACCUUAGAGCAGUUUUGCAAUGUGUAAAACGUAAAAUUAAUUAAAAAAAAAUACCUUGAACAUGAAAUAAGGCAAAGAAAAACAUAAAUGUAUCCAAAAUAAACAUAUAUCCAGCUGUUCUAAAAUAAUUAUACUUAUUUAUAUAAAAUAUCCCAAAAUAAACUUUGUGAAGCUAAAUCGUUUCAACUCGAUUAUGAGUUUGGAGAUUGUGAUCAAAAUUCGAAUAACUGCAUAGACUUUUUUUCAGAACACGGACGUAAACUAGAGAAUUAGCAGUUUUUAGACAGAACAAGACAAGUAGGGGUGUGCAAAAAAUCAAUAUAUCGUAUUGUUUAAUGUGAUGAUACAGUAUCGAUAUAUCACCAAGAGUAUUUUGGGUAUAUUUUACUAAAUUAUUUUGUUACAGUGCUACAGUUUUGUUGCUUCUUGAGCGGAAGGAAACUUAUUUAUACAUCACAUUUGACAUUUUCACUGUUUUGAGGAUUACAAUGUUUGUGUUUCAUAUUAACUUUGCCCAAGAAGAGGUUUAACAAAGAGUUUUAGUAUCACAGACACGAUUUAGCCUUUAUUUUUUAUUAAUAACAGUAUCGAAUUUGAAAUAUAUCGUAUCGAAUCGAAAGUGCAGUGUAUCGAAAUAUGUAUCGUAUCAGCAACUUCUUAACGAUACCCAGCCCUAAAGACAAGAAAUUUUGUUGUUUAGUAAAUUAUCGUUCUUCAAAAUUGCAGCUUUUACGAUUUGCUAAUAUCGUCCAUUGAAAUUGCGAUUUAAAUUUGAUUCCAUUUAAAUAAAUUUGAUUGCAAUUUGAUUUCCGACACGUCAAAACUGCUCAAAACAAGAUUAAUAUUCGAAAUUAAAGCCAUUUUGAACCCUUGUUAUUUCUGCAGUGUUGGGAGAGUUUAAUUUCUUGAAUGAUUUAGGAAUAUUUUAACUGUUUGUAUAAAGUUUGAUGGACUUUGAUAUUAUGCAACAACUGGAUCUGUUACUUUCUAAGCAUUUUACAUUGUUACAUUAGAACGAUAACUGGGCCCAGCGCAUCGAGUGGAGCUUUGACGAAGUUUGAUGAAGUGCACUGUGGAACUUUUCUGGUUCAGGGUCUGGAAAUCUUAUUGUUUUACUUGAAAUAUUUCACACUUUGGCCUUAAACGAGAGGAAAGCGAUGCCACCAGAUUGUUACAGGUUAGUUUAAUUGACUAAGUUGAUGCUGGAUUAGUUUAAUGCUACACUGGGGAACAUUUCAGGCAAAGUAAAUAAUUGAGACAACCAGAAAAGUUAGACAGAGCACCUUUUAAAUGCAAUGCAAUGGUUUCUACUGUAUUUGACCUGUGCUCUCAGCGUACAGGAAAGCACUUAUUUCUUUUGGGCACUAAGAAUGGAAACUGGUUUUAAUUAAACACUGACAUGGA